UCUAAGCUGAAAGGAAGCUGGAAAAAUAUUUUUUUCAAUGGAUUUUGACGAGAAACCAGCACGUUCAGCAUAUAAUUGUUGCAUUAUUUGUCUGAAAAAUGAGAGUUUGACGCAUAAUGAAACGGAAAUCAGUGAAAAUGUCAUCAGAAUUUACCGAAAAUUAGUCGAUGAUGAACUUCUUGAAACUACAAAUUUUGAGCUUUGUGACGAUUGUAUAGAAACUUUGGACAACAUCGGGACCUUCAGAAAGCAAUGCCUGAACUCAAUUGAGAUUUUGAGACGGAAUAUCAUUGGAGGCAGUACCCAUUUCGUGUAUGUUGACCAUCUGCAAUCCGAUGAAACACAAAUAAAAGUCGAAAAUACCUUCGACGAAGAAGAUGAAAAUGACCAAAAUGAGCCCCAUUUGAAGACAGAACUCUUUGAAGAGGGCGAAUCGAACAUUUUAAAGACUGAAUCAGACCCGCCGCCACCAAAAAAGCAGAAAAAAUCAAAAAAAUCCACGAAAAAUCGUGAAGAAACCAAAUGUGAAGCUGCUUUUUGUAGCAUUUGUGGCGAAUUUUUCACGCGAUAUUUAGUGAAACAUAUUCUAAGUGCUCAUGUCAUGCAAAUUGAGGACCAAAAGUACAAAUGUAACGUUUGUCAGGAGAUUUUACGUGAUUCCGGUCACAUUAUGGAGCAUUUCAACAAGCAUCGGGACUACGAACAUCCCAAAGUUUGUAAAAUUUGUGAUGCUUCGUUCAAAAAUCGGCAGGAAUAUCGAGUGCAUUUGGCAGUUCACAAGGAAAGGAAGAAGAGAUCGUACGUUUGUGACUGUUGUGAUGCCUCGUAUUCGUCAAAUACGAAUUUAAAGUAUCAUAUCAUGUCGAAACAUCAAGGCGCGAUGCAGUGUAGUUAUUGUAACAAGGCGUUUUUCGAUCAAAAUGAGUAUGAAACGCAUGUACGGAUGGAAAAGGAAAAGAUCAAUGGACGAAAAUUCUACUGCGACCACUGCGGAUAUGAAUGCAAAUGGAAAUCAGCUCUCUGGAUACACAUGAAAAAAUUUCAUGCUCCCAACGAAUCCCCGAUCAUCUGCAACGAAUGCGGAAAAACCUACAAAACUCGAUCUCAAUUCCGAAUGCACCAGGUUUCAUCACAUCUCGAAAAAACGCAUCAAUGCAGCGAUUGUGGCAAGAAAUUCGCUUUUGCUACGACACUUCGGAAGCACAUCCAGUCGUACCACAGCGAAGAAGGCAUGUUCGCCGAUUGCAAAGUGUGCGGCAAAAAACUCAAAAGCAGCUCGAUGCGAACGCACAUGUCUGCUGUGCAUCAACAACUCCGAAAAUUCAAAUGUGAUCUCUGUGAUAUGACCUUCAAGACAGCCGGUACCUUGUUGAAACACAAAUUUAGUCACACGAAGACGAGACCUUUCAACUGCAACCUUUGCAGCACCGGCUACUACCAGAACGAGUAUUUGCGGAAACAUUUUGAACGCGUUCACGGAAUUGUCUACAGUGGCGCCGACAUUCGAAAAAUCUGCGGAAAAAAGAGUUGGGAUUAUUUGGCGGAAAAGGAAAAAUCACAUUUGCAACUUCAACAAACUUAAAAAAAAUUGAAAUUUGAAUAAAAAAGAGAUUUUUUCAAUUAAUUCAAGUAUUUAUUAUUUUAA